AUGAUAUCAACUAACCCUCCUAAGCGUGUACGCUUAUUUGAGACGGACCCAAGUUUACGAGAACAACAACACUUGCAACAACUUCAUCCUCAACAACUUCAACUAAACUUACAACAAGAACAACAUAACAUUCAAAGACAAUUAUAUCAACAUAAUCCUGUUCUUGACGAAUUUUCUUCUCAACAGCAGCAACCCUUUUCGAUAUCUCCUGAGAACACGAAUUCUUUAUCGUCGUCUAUGGACCUUUGUAACAAACAUGAAGAACCUUUGAAUAAACAAGACUUGCAACGACUUGAAAAAGUCAUUGAUUUGAUAUUUCCGAAUAAAUCUGCCGCUGCAAAAGAAGCUGUCUAUAAUCUUUUAAGAUCCUCACCAAAUGUAUCAUCCACGAAAGACGAUGAUACAGCUUCUAUAGUUCUCGACCUUCCAAUGAUUGUUGACCAAGGCCUCGAAGCUGAUCAAAUAAAGUCUCCGUUGGGUCAUAUGUUAAACCAUACCUUCCCCAGUUCUAUAGUUGAAUUAGUUGGAAAACUUAACAAGAUGUCUAUAAAUCCUGCAAGACUAGAUUUUAUUAAUCCAAGCGCGAGUCCAUCUUUAAUAAAAUCGGGUUCUUCCAAUAACUUUUCUUUAGCUAAUCCGGAUCCCCCAACAAAAGAAUUGCGUAAAAAAUUGAUAAAUGAUUACUUUAACAAGUUUAAUGUUGUUGUUCCUAUUCUCGAUCGUAGAAAAUUUGUCGAUAAAUGGAAAGAUAAAUCUCACCCUUCUGAAUUGCUGGUUAAUUCGACUUUAGCCGUAGCUGCGGCAAGGUAUUCUAAUGACCCGUCGAUACAAAAAACACCUAAUAAACCAGGUGGCGUGUUUUUCGACUACGCAAAGAGAUUAUUAGAUGCAAUGUACGAUACUCCAAGGCUUGAAACUGUCCAAGCUUUACUUCUUUUAAGUCAUGCGGAGGUUGGUGUAUCACGCAUAAAUAUACAAAUGGCCCAUGCGUUGCAUCUUGAACGGGAUGAAAAUUCUAUAGAUCCGGAAGAAGAUGAAGAGAAACGCAGAGUGUUUUAUUGUAUUUAUUGCUGCGAAAGAUGGUCAUCAUUCUCAAUGGGCAAACCUUCUAGUAUAGACGAUAUAAAUAUCAAUGUUCCCUUACCAACAUUGAAGUCUUUCGGUUUUUCAACAAGGAGCUUCUUCAUAGCACUUGUGAAGUUAUCACGCAUACUUGGUCAAAUUUGGAAAUUUGGUUAUUCUUCUCAACCUAAAGCGACUCAUACAGGUUGGUUUGAUCAAGUGAUGGAUAGAAAAAGUACGCUAAGACAAAUACGUUCGGCAUUAGCAAAGUGGUUAAAAGAAUUGCCUGAUGAAUUACAAUAUCAAUAUUUGCCUAAUACCGACCCACGAAGUCUCCUUCAACUGGCAACAUUUUCUAUGUUUUCUGGUUAG